AUGGCUCCGAAGGCGGCGGCCAAGAGUACUGCCACGGUGAAGGCUGCGGCCCAAAAGGCGCGGAAAUUGCAGAAAGCAAAGGCAUCACCAAAGUCGAAGGCAAAGGCUGUUCCUGACGCCACUGGAGUUGUGGCCGUGCCAGAUGCCCAGCCAAUCACCAAGGCAGAAAACCAACGGCUACUCAACGUCCUCAAGUACCGUGCAGAUCCUGACAAGAACAAGAAGGGUGAGAAUUUGGCAGAGGCUCAGAAAGUCUUGCAGACUUACCGCAACUUGGAUGAGAGCAAGAAGCAACACUUUCUGCAGAAUUUGAAAGCCCACGGCCUGCAGAAUUUGACAUGGUUUGGGCAAUUUGCUGAGACUCGUGAAGAAACCGCCACCACCACCCACAGUGCCACAGAAAGUUUCCUCACUGGGCCAAAAAUCUUGGAGAUGAAUGGCUUGCACUGGACAGACUAUGCCCCGGAGAAGCAGCAGGAAUUGUUGGAAGCCUUGCUGGAAGAGAGCGCUGCCACCUACAACUUCCAAAGGGCGACGAAAGACCAUGCGAUUCCCGAGCUGGUUCGCUACUUCUACAAGGAGCAAGAAUCGACUACAACGGCUGCUACCAACAAAGACGCUCGCACUUUCCACAUCCAUGCUGACAUGGACAGCUCCCAAAUGUCCAAAGCUUCCAAAGACCAGGUGGAGAUCAAGAUCGAGAACCCAAAAAACCAGGAAUUCGUCACUGCUUUGAAGACAGCCAACCAGGGCAUCAAGCGAUUGGAGCGUCUCUACAAUGAUGCUCAGAAGUUGUCAGCCCAGUUGCAAGCUUCUUUGCCAGAGAAGCACAAAGAGUUCCAGAAGCAGUUAAAUACAUUUUCCAGUUUCUUUACCCAGUUUCGGCUCGUCAGCGCGGCUGCCGAGAAGCAAGGCAAGACCGACCUGGCAGAAGAUGUCUGCGAGAAAGAGGGGGGCAAGCUGCUUCACUGGUGCGACCAAGCCGCCCAGCACAUGGACGAAGUGACGCUGCUGAAUAAGCGUGCCAGAGGGUGGAUGGCCUAG